AUGAACAAGAAAACGUGGACAAUAGAAGAAGUGACUAAUUUAAUUGAGGUAUAUCGAGAACGGCCUAACUUAUGGAAUCCAAAAAAUGUUGAUUAUAAAAACAGAUAUAAAAAAUACGAUUCACUAAAGGAAAUAGCGGAAAUAUUUGGAACAACCAAGGAUGAAAUUGAACGAAAAUUAAAAAACAUAAAUACACAGUACCAAAGAGAAAGAAGAAAUUAUAAGAAGUGCCAAAAGUCGGGUGCUGGAAAUGAAUUUAAAGCUAAAUGGUUUGGAUAUACAGCAAUGGCAUUCUUGCAAGACAGAAAUAAGCCAAAAAAGGGCCACCAAGCGGGGAUUGAAUAUGACGAUAGUGAUUCAACAGACGGUAGCGAUAAUGAAAGCCUUUUAGAAGACAGAGUAGUGCCACAAGCCGAAACCCAGGAAAACAUAGAAGAUUUUGAAGUUGUCCGCCUUGAGGACCGGCAAUCCGUACAGGCAGGUAACCAAGUACCUCACCAAGAACAGUUGAAGGAUAUGCCAAGUACGCCAAAAAGAAAUACAUCGGAAGUAGAGCAGUUCCUUGUACCUCCAAAAUCGAGUCGCAAAAAAAAAGGGUCAAACGGCGGUACACAAGUGCGGGACGAGUAUAACAUUUAUGGAGAAUUAGUAGGGCACCAAAUACGUUCUCUGUCGACCGAAUUUGCAAAAGUUACCGCUCAAAAAUUAAUUAACGACAUAUUAUUCAACGCCAAACUAGGAAAAUAUUACUAUCCUUCAUACCCACAACGUAAUCCAUCACAAACAGGAUCACUAACUCCUUUUGCUUCCAAUUCAGGAUCACAAACUCAUUUUGCUUCCAAUUCCGAAGCAUCAUCAUCUGCAAUGGACGCUACAUUGGGAGCCACUAAUAUUAUUAGUAGUGAUGCUGACGUUUUGCACUGGGCCAUAACAAAUUCGUUCGGAGUACCAGAAGUACAAGAAGCAAACAAUAAUUAA